CAAAAACGUGAUAGAGCAUUUUCAUCUUUUUUCUAUUAUUCAUUGUCCAUUGUGCACUUUGCGAAUUUGCAUCUAGAAUCCACGAUCAUGUCGCUCGUUUCGCAUAUCCUGCGUCGUUCAAUCUCGCAAUCAAUCGCCAAGCAGGCCCAAGUAGGCGGUCCCUCGGCCGUUGCUGGCCACGAAGCCGGUGGUUACAAGGUAUGGAAGAAGCUGUCCUUUUUCGUGGCCAUGCCAGCAGUCGGUUUGUGCAUGCUGAACGCAUACCUGAAACACCAGGAAGAGCACGGCCAUCCCAGACCGGAGUUUGUCAAGUAUGAGCAUCUGCGCAUCCGUAACAAGCGGUUCCCGUGGGGCGAAGGCAACAAGAGCUUGUUCCACAACCCCCACACCAACCCCCUUCCCGAUGGUUACGAACAUUAGGAAGCGCUCUGCCGCGCCCUCACGUCUGUCUGCAGCGGCCGGAACGAUAAAAUAUGCCCCCAAAACGACCAGGGGGUUUGGACAAAUCCGCCGAUUGGCUCGGUUGAACAUUCGAUGUCCUAGUUGCCGGUUACUUGCUGACGUAUAGUGUCACUUUAAAUAAAAAUCCUUUAAAAAGCACGAA